GAAAAGUGGAGGGCGAAAGAACACAUUGCGCCAAGAAACAGAGAAAUAUACGAAAAGAAUGAAUAACGAUUGGAUAGAACUGGUAAAGGAAUCCCAGGGCAGAGGUGUCUGGCGGUAAUUGGAUAAUGAACAAUUUUCUUAGAGGCAUCUUCUAGUUUCGCGUUACAACAACCGGUUGAUUUAUCACACAACCUCUAUUUAUAUCAGUGUUUUCUAAAAUAUGUCGUUAGCUGAUGAACUUUUAGCUGAUCUUGAAGGAGCUGAAACAUCAGAAGAAUUGAUAACUGAUUCAAAUUUGCAUGAAGUUGAAGAUGUUACUAUGUUAAGCGUAAAUAAAUCGGAUGAUUUUCAGUCGAAUGUAUCAGCUUCAGGAUUUAAAAAUGUCUUAAAAGCUGCUUCUUUUGCUGAUGCUCCGAUAACUGCUUACGCUAAGUUAAGAAACAGUGAUAGAGCGAAUUAUGACAUUGACGUCGCAUUUUGUUCCAAGUAUUCCAUGGAUGGACAGUUCAAUGUGUAA